CUUUGACUUUUGUUUAUAAAUGUGUCAAGGUAAUAUUGUCAACUUGAUCAUAAGUUUGUCUAAAUUAAAAUGUUUCGUGGUGUAUUUCGGGUAUUUUUUUAACUUUACGCUUAAAUAUUUAAUAGGUAAAAUAUGUUUUAGUUUAAAAUCAAUUAGUAAACAUUAAAACUGUGAAAAACGUUAAAUUAUAGUCUCGAAAUAAUGCUGGUUAGGACGCUCCCAAAAACCGCUUUUAUUUUUAAUUUAGUGCAUAAAACAAUGAAAAUCAUAGUUUAAAACAUGUCUUUGAGCCUAAUCGUAACUGGGUGUGUAAUAAAAACGUUCAAUAGUUAGUGUUAGUUAAUUAACAAUGGGAGACAAGAUAAAUGGAGAGUACUUUGGCUCAGGAGCUGCAACCUUCAAUUUUAAUAAUGUGACGGGCGGUGCCGACAGCGCCAGCGGAGGCUCCGGCGGGUCGGGCAUGGAGUGCAUGCAACUGCGCUCGCCGCCCGGACCUUUCCACUACCUGAUAUCGGAGCAAGCUAAGUCCCUCGUCGCAUUACAGGAACUUCAGAAUGAGGUCGGCGCUCUCCUCGAGUUCCGCGACCUCGUCAUCGAGACAUUCCCGAACCUGCGCUCAAAGAUGGCACCUUCCACGCCCGCCAGCGACACUCGCCGGGACUGGGAGCCAGGGGUGCGGGUGCGGCGGAAACUCGCCGGCGGAGGCGGAGACGCCACCAGAACGAAACCACAGCCAUCCGUUCAAGACUCGGGGUUUAGUACUGAGACCUCCUGCGGGAAAGACGCCCAUUCCUCAUCUGCAUCGGCGUCAGCAUCGACUUCCCGCACUAGACCCUUGGAGGACGACCUCUGGGCGUUACUCGAUGUCAUCCAAAGGAAAGGCGUGCGGUUACGAGAUGAGGCGGAGCUGUUGCGAGGGGAACUCGAUGAGAGACCUUCUGGUGAUACAGCUGAAGAGUCUUUUGCGAGGGCGUUAUCAGGUGGAUGUGCAGACUGCGGGGACAUCCAAAGGUUGCGAUGCGAGCGAGACGCCUUGCUGGCGCGGGCCGCGCAACUGGAGGCGGAGGUGGCCGCCAGCCCCGCGCCCGCGCCGGCCGCGUCGUCGCCGCUGGGCCGGCUGGACUCCGCUCUCGACACGCCGUCGCGGCCGCCGCGCGUCGCAACACCAGACUCCAAGAAGUUCGCGGCGAUUCUACUAGAGAGCAAUCCCGUGGAACUUCAGCGGCAGUUGCUCACUUCCACCGUUCAGAAUCAGGUGUACUGUGAUAGAUUAAGACGCGCGGCAGCACAUCGAACAUUGCUGCUGGAAAGACUAGAGCGGGCGCGAGAUCUGAACGAGGACCUUAAAUUUAGGCUCGAGGAGAAGAGUAUAGAAUUAGAAGGCGCUCGAGCUCGCGUGCGGCAGCUGGAGGGCAAGUCUCGCAGCGCCGAGAGCUUCGAGCGCAGCCGCGACGCGCACAGCAGCAUGCGCGACAUGGAGCCGCUGCCCAUCCCCGACGGCGCCGACGACGACGAGGCGCGCAUCUCCGAGACGCCGCGCCGCGGCCGCCCCAGCCGCAUCCCGCUGCACACGGCGCACAAGGGCGCCGCGCCGCGCCCGCCCGCCGCCGCGCCGCCGCGCCCGCCGUCCGCGCUGUCGGCGCGCUCGGCCGCGUCGGCCCGCAGCCGCGCGUCGGCGCCGCCCGGCAGCCCGGGCCGCCGCGAGCCGGGCGCGGCGCCGGCGCGGCGCGCGGCCGCCGCUCACGACAACAAGAGCGCGGCGGAGGCUCGCGCGGCGUGGCAGUGCGCGGCGCAGUACGUGCGGCGCGCCGGCCGCCUGCAGCCGCUGAGCGCGGCGCUGCGCGCGCGCCCGCUGCCCGCCGACCUCUACCGCCUCGCCUACGAGAGCCCGCACAACCUCGCGCUAGAACUCUCCAAGUCAAUCCUCUACGAAAACGCAGACUCCGUAGACAGAACCAUCAAGUCGCUGAACUCCCGCGACGACUCGCUGUGGAACGGCAAGCCGCAGCAGUAUUUUGAGAGCAUGAAUUACGCGCGCGGCGAUUUAGAUAACGAGGAUUACGAUACAGAUUCUCUAGCGUGAAUGCGUAAGAUUGGGUGACGCGCAAUAUUUUAACCAACGUUAACGAUUUUUAUUCAAAAAUGGAACCAACGCUCUAGACAUCGGCGGUUUCUAGUGCGUAAUCGAUUAAGUGCAGUGCAUUCGCGACAGUUUUUUUUUACCUAUAUUUGCGGGUCGACUCGAUACAUUUAAAAUGUGUGCGUGUAACUACUACUACUUAGUAUUUUCUUAAUAUUUCUUUGAAUUCCAUUAUUUCUUUAUCAUUCCAUAUCAAAAGGCACACCUUUUUAUGAAUGUUUCGAGUGAUCUGUGAUAUUUAUUUCGGAUGUAAUAAAAUGCUGCAAUUAGAGCCGAGGCAAUAUAUACUCCAUUUAAAUAAUGUAAUAAGUACUGUCUAAUCAUAAUGUUUUCAUUUUUUAUAAUGGCAUUUAAAGUUAUGAAAUUUUUCUCCUGUAAAUUAUGUUUACGUUAGAAAAAAUAUUAGUGAAAUAUUCCAUAAUGAAUUUAAAAAUGUUUUAUGCAAACGUCUGUUGCUAUUUAUGUUUACUAAAACAUAAGCUGCUGUGGCGAAUUAUGGUAGCUAUUUAACACAAUUAUUGUCAUUCCUAAGUCUUUAACAUUACCGGCAGUCGGACAUACGCCAAAAAUUAUAUCGUUUUGUUCGAUUGGUUGGUAAUGAGCUAAAGACAGACUGUAGAAUCAAAUGAGUGAGAGCUUGGAACGACUGUAGCAAGGCUGUGAAAACUGAAGUGUGCUUGACUGGUGAAGAUUAAUUAGCGAUAAUUAGCAAAUAAAUUAAAUGGUUCACACGGUAAAACUUGGUGUGGCGAUUAACUUAUAUAUAAUUAUACUAUUGUUGUUGAACUUUGUCCAAACGUCCUAAUCUGAUCGUCCUAAAGCGACAUGACUGCCUGAGUUAACUGUAAUAUUGUCAAAUUAGAUCCAAUAGCCUACGUUCCAUUACAAGGCAGAGCUCGGUAACAUAUAGUAGAGACUGAUUUUGUAUAAAUCUAAAACAUAGUGAUAUGCUUAUACCAAGGGAGCCGAAACUCCAGUUAAGAGUCUAUAUGAAAAUGUUUCUUACCUAAGUUUAAAGCUUAUGCAUUGUAAAAAUAGAUGCUAAGAAUUUAAAAGAGUAACUAUUAAUUAUAUUAUUAUUCAAUUCAAUAGUGUAAAUGACUGUAUUUUAUGUAAAUUAAGGUUAACGUUAAAAUAAUAAGUCAACUGUUUAUUGUACAGCUUUAUCCACUCUAUUUGUAAAAAAUAUUAAGCCACUUUAAGAUACUCAUAAUAAUAUCUAGUUGACUUGAAUCUAGUUGAUGACGUAUGUAAAUUGUACAGAAAUCAUAUCGCAUUAUACAAAUUCUUCAAAUAAA